AUGUUUAGGAGUUCAGUUAGUCAGAUGGUGCCUUGUUAUGGUAUUUCCCAAGACCCAGCAGGUAAUUAUAUUAUGGUCAUGAAGUAUAUGGAAGCAGGUAAUUUAAGAGAGUUUUUGAAGAAGAAUUAUCGGAAGUUAAAUUUUUAUGAUGAAAAUGAAAAAAACAGCAAACUGCAUUUCCUGCAACAAAUCAGUCAAGGUCUCAAAGAUAUCCAUCGCAAGAACUUAGUUCAUCGUGAUUUCCAUAGUGGGAAUAUUAUUGUUAAUAGAGAUAAACAUGAUAGAGAUAAUUGCCACAUCACCGACCUCGGCUUAGCUAAACCAGUCAAUGAAAAAGAUGACAACAAAAUCUUCGGAGUAAUGCCUUAUGUAGCCCCUGAGGUCUUACAAAACAAACCUUAUACCCCAGCAUCAGAUAUCUAUUCCUUAGGCAUGAUUAUGUAUGAAAUAAUUACUGGAAUACCUCCUUUUCAUGAAUAUGCUCAUAAUGUUAAUUUAGCCUUACAGAUUUGUCAAGGCAUGAGACCUAGUUUUAGUAAUCCUAAAACUCCUCAACAACAAGAACCUAAGAAUAGACCUAGUGCUAAGGAGGUAAAUAGUAUAGUAGGAGAGUGGUUUGAGGAAGAAAAAAUUGCCACUCUAUUACAAAAUCCUGGUCGGCAACAGCAAGCCAUAGAACUAGAACUAAAAAAACUAGCAAAAGAAAUAGGCAAAUCAUUCACUGAUGAGCAAAAAGAAUUAGUAAAAGAAUUUAUUAAAGCCAAUCGAAAAGCAACCAAAAAUCAAGCAGAUGAAGUAGCAAUAACUAACGCUGAAGAAGCAGAAGAAAGAUUGAAAAAAAAUCUUAAAGAAACAGACUUUUCUCGAGAGGAGAUAAAAAAAGUUACUCGUCAUUGUGAAAAAUUAGUUGAUGAAUUAGUGAAACAGUUAGAAAAAAUACAAUUACAAGCCCAAGUUGAAAUCCCUACUAAUAAAUAA